CUGUUCCACUUGUAUUUGUGUUCGCAAGCGGAAGCCUACAAAAGCGAUUACACUUUACACAAAAUCAAAAACUGAAUCGCAUUGGUUUACUUCGAUCACAAUGACUAAGAGAACAUAUACUAAUCGAACAAGCUGCCUAAACUUCUAACAAAUAAGGAAAAUGGAUGGAACAAAUCAUGGAAGCCAAUAUUGAUGGAACUGAAGAACAACUCAAAGAACUGAAAGAUGCAUCAGAAGUAUGCCCAGUAUCACCAUCAACCUCAAAAAAUGAUUUGAUUUCAAAAAAUGGGAAAAGGAAAAGGAAGACUGCGUCACAAAAUGUUGUGUGUCCAGUGUGUGGUUUGACUUUGAGAUUUGGUGAGAUGAAAGAGCACUAUGAGAAAGAACUAAGCAGUCUGGAUGAGCUAAGUGAUCCAUCAUCCAAAACCUCAAUGAAGUGGCAUAAAAGGCAACAAUCAAAAAAGUCCAAAAAGCAAGGAUCAGCCUCUGCAGAUAACGAGGAAGAUGAAGAGGAAGAAAAACACAAGAAAAAUACAGAAAAGAGAUUAAAGGAAUUCUCAGAUGUUAAGUGUAGCAGAAGGAUGCGAUAUGCAAAAAUAUUGCUUGGGAAAUGGUCUUCCCCAUCUGAUGAUCCGUCAGCAUAUCAUCUCACUAAAUGUGCAAUUUGCGAUGCACCAAUUGCAGGAAAUGAGGAGGAGCUUGUGAGCCAUGUCCAGCUUUGCUUGAAAAAGAAAGAGGGUGAUCUUGAAUCAGAUGAAGAAAGUGGCAGCGAAUCCUUGGAUGAAUACACUUGGGCUGGACAAACAAGAAUUAGGGCUACAAGCCUACUCGAGCCAGGUGUCUACGCCUGUGAUGGUGAGCCAAUAAAACUGGAAACGACAAAUGAGGAUGAAGAACUUGAUAUUGAAAGUGACGGCCAGACAGCAUUCGGAGAGGCACAAUAUACAGAAAACGAUGUGAUCCCGUGCAGUUCAGAAAUACCCGAGGAGAACGAAGCAUUGGAUCGCAUCAGAGCAGCAAUAACCACAAAUGAUGCGAAAGCUAGCAGUCCAGAUGCGUCGAUAAGAUCUCGGUGGUCCAAUGGAGAAGCAAGCUGUAUCAGCGAAUGUGAAAAUUUUGAAAACCUGACUGUGGAUAGCAAUCUCAAUGAAAGCCCUUCAAAGGCCAUCUCUUCACUGAAGUCAAGGAUCAUAGCUUUGAACGAUGAGCUGCAAAAGGAGAAACUGAAAUGUCUCAUAUGCAUGGAAGGGUUUAAUACCCCUCUCGUUUCCGUGAUUUGUUGGCAUGUGUACUGCGAAGAGUGCUGGCUACGAACCUUAGGCGCCAAGAAGCUGUGUCCGCAGUGCAGCACAAUUACAUCGCCUUCGGAUUUACGGAAGAUUUACAUAUAGGAACCUAUAUGCAAAACUAUCUCAGAUCAAACCAGACUUUCGUCUGCGGGUACACACGCGUGAUGUGGAAUCUGCGGGUAUGCGGCGUGCGAAUCUGUGCACGAGAAUAAAGGCAAUGGUGGGAUGGACGAUAUGUUUCUUAUUAAUGCCGUCUUAGCUAUUCCGUUAUAGCGAAACAUUCACGAACUACCUUUUUUAUUCUGGUUCUUGAUAAUGAAUCAUUUAACGAAUUUUGUGUUUUGUAUAUUCUGCAAUGUAAUGUUAAGGAAAAUGUCCGUGUGUCUGUUCAAGCAGAGUAAGGUUUUAUUGAAAAUUUCUUGA